AUUGUCGGGGUGUUCCGAUCAGAUGCGAUGUAAACAAAAAUGCAUAUUUUUAGCAAUUUAGUAACUCGAUUUUGAAAAAAAAUAAAGAUGCCUGACCCUAUGUCUCUAAAAUCUGUUGCAACUAUGGUAUGUAUGCGUGUGUUGCUUCUUGAAAAUCCUACUGGAGAAGAUGGCCAGAAGGACGUCAUUACAGAGGUAGCCGGAACACAGAUUAGACCAUACAUAACAACUUUGCUUGAAACAAACUGCUUCACAGCUGUCACUGAGGAGAUCCUGUACAGAAUUGUAAAAUUUUGUCCUGAACAGCUGUCAGACAGUCUUCUGCAUGCCCUAACACCACUACAUGUACAUGACCUUAAUCUCAAAGAUUGUCAAAAUGUUCAUCUUAUGGGACUUGUUGAACUAUUCAAAAAAUGUUGUCAUGUCCAUAGGAUUAACUUGUCAGAUUGUUCACAGUUGAUACAUCCAGAUAUAUUUGCGUUUACUGGAUUGUUCGAAAUUCCAUUGACAACUGUUAUUGUCGAGUCAAAUACCAAUGUUACUGAUGAAGUUGUACAUGCAUUGCUGAAUUACCUCCCUAAUUUAAAGACAUUAAGCAUUGCAUCCUGCGGAAACAUUUCAGAUAAAGUAUUUCUUAUAGACAGUAUGGAGCAAUUAAAGAAAGAAUUUUCCCCUAAGCCUUUUACGGAAGAGGACUGCUUGUUUAAUCUGACCAGUGUGGAUAUUUCCGGCUGUAAUCAGUUGAGUUCUGAUGCCAUAAAGCACCUUGUCUCCUUAUGUGGUCCAAAACUGACAGAUGUUAACAUCUCGUAUACCAGUAUGAUUUGUGUUGCCUUGCUGCACCUUGGAGGAUAUUCUCUACCUGCAAUAUUGGACUUCUUGCUCACAGAUGAUGCCCUCAAAUCAGAUAAAGAACUUAAAGAAGUACUCCAAGGGUUUAGAGAACUGAGGGACUUAUAUCUGGAAACAAUUAUUGAGAUGGAUGAAAUUCACAAGAAACAUACUGAAGGUGACACUGUUGAUGAUAAGAAGGACAUUGGAGAUUCUGCUGGUGAAACAAAUGAAAGAGAUGCAAGCAAAAUGACUAUUGCUGAAUAUAAUGUUGUAACAGAAGCAUUUGUGCAAGAUAAGGUAAAAGAUGAGUGUUGUUCUGGUAACACUGGAGAACUUGAAAAUAUUUCAAGUGAAAGAGAAACAGUGUGUAAAGCUGAAACAGAUCUAACAAAGAAAACUUGCAAUGAGGUUGAUCAUAGUGAAUGUAUUACCAAUAAUACUGUUGAUUUGAUUCCAAAUACAAAUAAUGAAGAAAAGGUUGAAGCUGGUGGUGGAGAUGAUUUGGUGGAGAUGUUUGAUAAAACAGUAACUGUUGAAGAUAGUGCAUGUGGAGGUGAGGUUUGGGAAGCUUCAGAUAUAAAUAAGGAAAAUGAGACGAAAGAUAGAGACUCUAAAGAUAAUAAGAACAUUGAAUUACCAGUAAGGACAGAGAAGUAUUUUAAGGGAAAUGUUGAAGUAAGUAAGGAGGUAUAUUACUGGAAUUAUAGACUUGAUGAAGAGGAAGUAGAUAUUGGAAACUUCGAGGAGGAGUUACAACUGGCGAUACAAAAUUCCAUUUUGGAAAAACAAAUAGACAGAAAGGAGAAAGAUAUCAUUAUCAAGGAAAAAGCUGCUCAAGGCCCUGACAGUAGUGAUAAGCUUAAUAUCGAGUAUUCCACAUUGCUGUAUCAACCAAAGAUUGUUAAAUUGAGAAUCAAUGGAAUGAAGUAUGUCAGCAGGAGACCAAAUCUUGGACAGCUCUGCUUAGCGAAGUUUCUCUCUGUCAAUAGAGGAUUACAAAAAUUUUCAAUCAAUUGGAAAGGCCUGACUUUGGACUUUUUCAAGCAAAUUGUCCCAAAUCUGUCUGAAUUGAUAGAAGUAGAAUUAGAAGAAUGCUCAAUGUUGACUUCAGGAGGAGUUGCUGCCCUUGGUAGGACUUGUCGAAAAUGUAAGAGUGUAAAUCUGAGAGGAGUUGUGUUUAUCAGUGACUCUGCUUUAAUACCAUUCCUCCUGAACAAGAAUUUACAAGACCUUUCUCUGGCUGAGAGUGACCACAUUACAGAUAAAAUACUCAUUAAAAUCUCAGAACAUUUGAACACAUCCCUUAGAAACCUUGAUCUUUCAUGGUGUGAGGAAAUUACAGAGAAGGGGAUAAAUGCCAUAUGUUCAACUUGUACACAGUUGGAGAGAUUACAGUUACGCAAAUGCCCAGUGUCGGAUUUCUCAUUGCGAUUGUUAGCAGAGACAGGACCAGACUUGAUGGAGAUCUCAGUAGAAAGUGCCGAUACCUAUGGUGAGGACGGUCUUACUGAUGAGGGAAUUCUAACUAUUGCAAACACAUUCACCAAUCUUAGAAUAAUAGACAUCAGUUGGAACCUUGCAAUAACAGAUGUAUCAGUGUCAGGAAUAAUGAUGAACUGUAGUUUACUAGAGGGGGCCAACAUAAAGGUCAAGAGAAUUUCCCUUUAG